CAGCAGCAGCAGCAGCAGGUCCACACGCUGAAGCAACGUGAUGCUUGUGCACGGUGCGCAGCGCUGCUGCUCUCCCUUGCUGUGCGGCAUCGCGACGCACUGUCCCCCGGCCAGUGGCACGCCGUGGUAUGGGGCGCUGCACGGCUGGCCACUCCACUCAGGGCCGACUGGCUACGUCUGAUGCUGCGGUCGGCACCCACGGACGGCGGUAGCAGCAGCAGGAGCAGUAGCAGCUGCACCCGCGGCGGCAGCAGCGCUGGCGGCGGCGGAGGCGGCAGCUCCCUGGAAGUCAAUCCUAAGCUCUUGACUGAUCUGAUUAGCGCCUGCAGCAGCUGGCAGGAGUUGCAGGCGGUCGUGUCGGCGUGCGCAGAUCAGCUUGAUGCAAUACACGUCGCGGCGGCCUGGUCGCGGCUGGCUCGGCUGCUCGCGCCUGCAGCUUUAACAGAGGGGGAGGACGGCAUG